ACCAUUGGACCAGAACUCUUGGUUUAUCACUGUGGUUCUGGAUCAGAACUUCUUGUGACUGAAGAGUCCAGUUGUGUUUCUGGAGAGAAGAUGGGCUUUGCUGACCUGCUGGAGGAGGUGGGCGGGUUCGGCAGGUACCAGUGGCUCCAUGUGACUCUGAUCAGUUUACCUGGUUUGUUGAUGGCGAGUCAGAACCUGCUGAAUAACUUUGUCUCAGGAAUCCCCGGCCACCACUGCAGCCUGCCGGCCAAUCACAGCCUCUACAACCUGUCUCAAUACCAGGUGGAGGAGAAACAGUACAUCAAAGCUUUUAUCCCUAUGGACUCUUCAGGAACUAGACUGGACCGCUGCAGGAGGUAUGUUGAGCCUCAGUGGCAGCUGUUGGUCGCUAACAACAACGCUAAUGUUAGCAUGCUACAGACAGAAGGAUGUUUAGACGGAUGGACAUUCGACAGCUCAGAGUUCCUGGCCACCACCGUCUCCGAGUGGGAGCUGGUUUGUUCUCUGCGUCCUCUGAAACAGAUGAUUCAGACCAUCUACAUGGGCGGAGUUUUAACUGGAGCCAUUAUCUUCGGAGGUCUUUCCGACAGGUUUGGGAGGCGGUCUAUCCUUAUAUGGUCCUACCUGCAGCUGGGUAUUCUGGGUUGUAGCUCCGCCCUCUCUCCUUCAUACUCCACCUACUGUAUUUUUAGGUUUUUGAGUGGGAUGGCGGUGUCUGGCAUCAUCCUGAAUGGAGUCUCACUGAAGGUGGAGUGGAUCCCGACCAAAGAGAGGACGUUAGUGGGCACGCUCUCCUCCUUCUUCUUCACCUUUGGUCAGAUGAUCCUGGCGGGGCUUGCCUAUUGGCUGAGAGACUGGAGGAAGUUACAGGUGGUGGCCUGUGCCCCCAUGUUCCUGUUCUUCAGCUACAGCUGGUGGUAUGCAGAGUCGGCUCGUUGGUCGGUUCUGAACCGUCGGUCUGAGGAAGCGUUAAAGAAUCUUCAUCGAGUCGCUCGAAUCAACGGGAAACCAGAGGUUGUGGACAAAUUAACCCUGGAGGUUCUGCACUCGCACAUGAAUAAGGAGAUUGAGUCGAGUCAUUCGAGGUUCACAGCGUACGAUCUGCUGAGGACCAGAGGGAUGAGACGGAUCUCCAUCUGUCUGGUGGUCGUGUGGUUCUCCACCAGUUUUGCAUACUACGGUUUGGCGAUGGACCUGCAGAAGUUUGGGGUGAGUAUCUACCAGAUACAGAUCAUCUUUGGAGCUGUUGAUUUUCCCGCCAAACUGAUGGCUCUGGGCAUGCUCACUUACCUGGGGAGGAGAGUCUCUCAGGCCACCUGUCUCUUCCUGUCUGCCCUCAUCAUCUUUGCCAAUAUCUUCGUCCCCACAGAUAUGCAGACCAUCAGGACCGUGUUGGCGUGUCUCGGUAAAGGUUUCACUUCGGCCUCCUUCACCACCGUCUACCUGUACACCGGAGAACUCUACCCCACCGUCAUCAGGCAGACAGGAAUGGGCUUCGUGUCCACCAUGGCAAGAGUUGGUAGCAUGGCAGCCCCUGCCGUCCUCAUCCUGGACGAGGUAUUCCCUGCUCUGCCCAGUGUGGUGUAUGGGGGGGCGGCAGUGUUGGCGGGCUGCUUUGCCUGCUUCCUGCCGGAGACGCUUGACGUUCCGCUGCCCGACACCAUUGAAGACGUGGAGGAGAGAUGGUCUGGAACCAGCCCUGCCCCGCGACAAGAAGAAGGCGUGUCUUUGAAAGAGGGCGUGGACUUUGGUGGCAGGGGUGUGGUCUCAACUGAAGGGGUAACUUUAAAAGAGCUGAAGGAAGCAGAAGGGACAGGACUGAACGCCCUCUGACCAAUCAGAUGGCUGGACUGGACCUAGACCAAUAAGAUGGCAAGAGGGAGCCGCGACCAAUCAGACGGCUGGAGUCAUUAAUGACAAAAUAAGAAUUUUCAUGUCCGGAAAACAUUUUUUUCUGAGAAAGAUUUAAAGAUCUUUUAAAUCAAACUAAAUAAAGAAACUCAGAUGUUUGAUUAUAGAUUAUUGAUUAAAGUUAAGUUAAGACACAGCAGUGAUGUUGUUCAUAAUGAUGAAUCAAUAAUCAAUUACAAUGCAACACACAAAUAAACUAA